AACAAGUUAAUGAACCCCGGUGUAAUACUGAUAAUUGUUUAUGUAAUAACUAAUAAUUACUCUGAGUCGAAGGUGAUUGGAUCCCGCGAUCAGUUGGAAGAGUUGGGGAAUAGCCUCUACAAUGCUAGUGAUGAAGUAGUUGUUCUUGAUUACAUGAACUUGAAGAGUACUAUUAGAAAUGGAAAGACUGCCUGGAUUGUCGAAUUUUACAACAGCUGGUGUGGAUAUUGUCAGCGAUUUGCACCUACGUGGAAGGAAUUUGCCAAGGGUGUUGUUGGAUGGAGGGACAUCGUUAUCGUGGCAGCUAUGGACUGCUCCAAUGAGGAUAAUAAUCCUGUCUGCAGGGAGUAUGAAAUCAUGAGGUACCCCACUAUUAGGUACUUCUCCAUUGGGGACAAGGGAAUUGGAAUUGAUGCCGAAAAGAGCAUGACCGAGGAGGGAGUCCUCCGAGGGAUGAUCGAGCAACUCCAGAGGGACCAACAAGAGGGCAGAGGAGGCCAUUGGUCCAAUAUUGCUCCUUACAGGAGUAACAACUCUGAGGGCUGGAAGAGGGCCCUCCCAGUCUCGGUGAAAUUCCACUUCUUCCUCUUCGAGGACAAAAACUCACAUCUGGGUUCCGCAGUGAUCCUGGAUCUGCACAACAUCACCACCUUGCAAAUUCGAAGAGUAACACAGGAUAAUGAAUGGCUGACGAAGGAGUUCACAGUGACCUCGUUCCCCUCUCUGAUCGCCUUCAACAGGACGGGCAGUCCAGUGCGAUUAAAAUUAUCAGAGCCAACACGUGCAGGAAUUGUCAAGGUCAUCAAGAAGUUUUUAAAAACACAAGGGAUCAGCACAGAGCCCGACAGGCCCUCCCCCUGGGAGGCCCAGACAUUCGAUGAAAAGAAUCUUCCAUCAGGCGUGAAGCCCUCAAGCUUUCCGAAGAAACCAGUCGCAGAUAUCCUGUAUCAGGCGGAUCUGGAGAACGCCCUGAGGUACUCCCUGGAGCGAGAAAUUCCCCUGAAGAAGAGAAUCGAGGGAGAGCAGCUGGAGGCCCUGAAGGCGUACUUGAAUGUCCUGAAGAGAUAUUUUCCGCUGAACCGAGGAAACUCCGAAUUUCUGAUUAAUCUCCACAGCACAGUCUCAGAUCGUCCUAGUAUAACUGGAGAAAAUUUCAAGGGUCUGGUGACACUGUACCAGCAGGACUUUUUCCCAGUAUUCACUGAGGAUCGAGGAUGGAUUGGCUGCAGUGGCAGCGCCUCCAGGUUUCGAGGAUAUCCCUGCGGUCUCUGGACCCUCUUUCACACGUUAACUGUCAAUCAUGCAGAAGCCUUCGAGGGCGAAGACCCCAGGAAUCGAUCCGAGGGGAUGGUCCUGAGAGCCAUGCACGGUUACAUCAAGAAUUUUUUCGGCUGUGCAGAUUGCGCUGAUCAUUUCAUUGAAAUGGCGAAGAAAAAGGAUCUCUUCAGUGUCCAGACUGUCGACUCUGCAAUACUCUGGCUCUGGUCAGCGCACAAUGAAGUGAAUAAGAGACUCUCCGGAGAUGUCACUGAGGACCCAGAAUUUCCCAAGGUUCAGUACCCCAGGAAGGAGCACUGCGAGGCCUGCAGGACCUCCGAUGGAGCCUGGACCUCCGAGGAAGUCCUCAUUUAUCUGAAAGAGAAGUACGGGCGUUCUGGAAUUCACUAUGGCUCCAGGGAAAAUAGUGAGAUCGUCAGACCCAGGAGAGAACACAUCACAGUUUCUCUAGACAGGACUGUCCAGACAAAGGCAGGCUGGGACUUCACAGUUUUUGAUAUUAGCAUUUUAGUCGUUCUCUAUGUGGCAUCUGCUGCCAUCCUCGUCCUCGUUUGUGUGCAAUUCGCUGUGAAGAAGUCAAUGAAGAAGAGGACAUUCAUACAAACCCUAUUCCGAAGAGCAUGAACAAAGUUGUGGAGCAAGUUAUAUUGUUAAUAGAGAGAAAAUUAGAUUUUUCAGACUCGCAAUUGAAAAUCGUGUAAAUUUUAUAUUCUGUGUAUUUUAAUUGAAUGGAAAAUAUCGGCUUUUUUAUUCCAAUGAAUGAUGAGAAAAGAAACGAGUGAAGGGUGUAAUCAAUCUUGAUUACUCAUCACAAAGAAUAUUCUAUAUCUUCCAUCCAAUUUCCAGAUCUUAUCGUUCAGUUAGAUGAGAAUAUCAUGGCAGCUCAAUUAUCUUCGAGAUUAUGUCAAGGGGAAAAUGUUAAAAUAUUGAGAGAUUUUUUUUCAGAUACUCAAACUAUUUUUAUAUUUUCCCCCAACUUCACUUACUCUCAAGACAAUUGCAUAAUUAGUGAGGGGUAUCGUCAUUGAAUUAUCAUGUUUUCUAUUUAUGUGUGAAAAUGAAAUGAUUCAACGAAUGGUCCACAGUAGAAUCUAACAAGACACUUUUACUUGGACAUUUUCUAUUCCAUGAAGUGUCAUUUAUUAAUUAAGAUUUAUUAUUUGUAAGAAUGAGAGAGCACUGUGACAGUAAAUGAGGCAAUUACUUGAAUGAUCCAAAUAAUAAAGUGCCCGGAAAUAGCACUUGCCAAGUUUUCACUCAGCGAACUGCAAACCUGUGGCUGUAAAUAUAAGUAUACUGUACAUAUUGAGUAUUUAAAAUUUUUUAAAGAAUAUUCUUCGAUGUUCUCGUCCAUUGACAUCGGUUUUAAAAUUUAUAUGAUGAUGAUCUUAA